UAUAAAAAACCCUCGAUAACAGCUAUGUCAUUGCAAGCAUAAAAAUAUACAUAGAAGAAUUUUUUCAAAAUUCAUUGUUUACAUUUCAUUAAUUUUAUCGAUAGUUAACGUUUAAUUAAGCGGAAAGAGUGUUUUUAAGGUACGGAAUAUACUAUAAUUAAACAAGGAUAACUUAACUAAGUUUAUCAUGGUUAGAACAAAAGCAACAUUUGUAUUGUGUUAUUGGACGGUGGUUGUAUCUGCAGGAAGUUUUGAUUCGGAUAACCAUGGUUAUCGCAACGAUAAAAAACAAACUUCCGCCGCCAUAGUAUUACACAGACAACAGGUGGAUCCUGACGGUGCAGUAAGAUUUGCUUUUGCUGGUGAAGACGGGCAGCAACGUGCAGAAAGUAUAGCUCCUGAUGGUAGUCGAACAGGAGCUUAUUCAUACACCUCGCCCGAUGGAGUUCAAGUAAAUGUCAAGUACACAGCCGGCAAAGACGGAUUUAGAAUAUUGACAGGAGGAGAAGAAGAUAAUAAUUACGGAUCUGCACCUCAGAAACUGUCAUAUUCUUCUCCAAUAGCUCCAGUUACACGCAAGAAGAGUUCCGGCAUAAAAUUCCGUGCUCCUCCAGCACCGUCGGUUUCCUACAAUGCGCCAGGUGGUUUUAGCGGUCGAUCAUCGUUGUCUGAAAGCGGUUAUAGAGUACAUGAAGAUUUAGAACGUAGUGCUGAAUUAGGCACAUUUAACUUAAAGGACGAUGGCGAUUAUAGUGGAGAAUACAAUACGGCAGCAAGUUUUGCCAGUAAAGCAGAACCCACUGAUAAUGGGCCAGCUUUUGGAGCCGGUUAUGCUUUUGAGUUUGGUGGACGAGGAGGUGGCCCAGACUUCUAAUAAUACAUAACAACAACGAUGAAAUAAUUAAUUUGUUAUUUUUAAACUAUUUUGUACGGUAUUUUUAUUUUCAAUGAACAUUUAUUUACUAUUAUAUAUGUACAUAUAUUGUUAAAAAAUUUAAUUUGUAUUAUAUUAUUAUAAAUGAUUAAUAUAUUGUGAAAGAGUAACAUGGGUUCAAUCAAGGCCUAAAAUUAUCCGCGCGAAAAAAUUAACCAUUCCUAUUUUUAUAUUACCUCAUUUAAUAGUUUAACAAAGGAUAUACUGAAUAUUUCACACACCUAAAAUAUAAUGACAAAAAACGUUUGUCAAACAACACGUUUUACAUUGUUUUUCCAGCAAUUGCACGUAUAAUAUAUUGCAACAUAUUCCACAUUAUUACACAUACUAUAUUUCAUUUCUCAAUAGCGCAUUGUCCUGUUUUAGUUAAUCUCUAGAAGAGUAUAAUAAACAAAAUUGCAAUUCUUCUUUUGCAUUUUGUGAGCUAUAAUAUUGUUUAGUAUUUUUGAAAAAGCUAUCAUUUAGUCCAAUUUAAUUCUACAUAAAAUUUUUUUUUUAAUUCUCACUAUUCAUAAUAUUUAUAAUCACUAGUCUAUAAAUUCAUAAAACUACUAUCACUCUACAAACUAGAC